AACUAAAGAGUUCUCCUGUACGUUUCUGGCCGGACCGUACGAAAGACGAACCAAACAUCUCAAUACGACCAAACGAUGAGUUUUUAACUGAACUCCUUACUCUGUGUUGGUUCUGGUAUUUCGUUCUUCACUCAGUACAUUACAUGUGAAAAGCGGUUGGCCGCGGACACAGAUACCGCAGAGAUACAGAGACGAAGAGCUGAGCUCAGCUAACAGCAGUCAUGCUCCUGGUGGACCCUGGUCUGUACAUCGGCACUGCAGCUGACCUCAACGACAGCCAGGCACUGGCUGAUGCUGCUGUCACUCACAUCCUGUCUGUGGACUCUGUGGACCCCACCCCUCUGCUUCCUGCUGAUGGGAGCCUCCGCAGGAAGUGGAUCAACGUUCUGGAUGAGGUGACCUCUGAUCUCCUGAGUCACAUGGAUGACUGCUUCCUCUUCAUUCAGGAGGCUGUGGAUGGAGGUGGGGCCGCACUAGUUCACUGCCAGGCCGGUCGGAGUCGUAGUGCCACCAUUCUUACUGCUUAUCUAAUGAAGAAAUACCAGCUGGGCUUCACUGAAGCUUACAACAGGCUGAAGAGUGUCAAACAGGAUGUACAGGUUAACAGUGGUUUCGAGGAGCAGUUGUGUCUGUAUGAGGCCAUGAAGUGUGAAGUGGAUACCUCCAGUCCUCUGUACAAACAGUACAGGCUGACCAAGAUCACUGAGAAGUACCCUGAGUUGCAGCAUGUGCCCAGGGAGCUGUUUGCCGCCGACCCUGCCCACUCCAGCUCCUCUGAAGUGUCGUAUCGCUGCAGGAAGUGCAGACGAACUCUUUUCCGUGGCUCCAGUCUUCUCAGUCACCCAGUUGGAGAAGGAGCACAAGCCUUUGGUCACAAGAAGUCUAGUAACCUUACAGGAGACAUCCAGUGUACGUCUUACUUCAUUGAACCAGUACAGUGGAUGAAACAAGCUUUAGUUGGAGUGAUGGAUGGACAGCUGCUGUGUCCUAAAUGCAGCUCUAAGCUGGGCUCCUUUAGCUGGUGUGGUGAUCAGUGUUCGUGUGGUCGCUGGGUCACUCCCGCCUUCCAGCUACACCACAACAGAGUGGAUGAGAUCCGACAAAUAAGCAUACAGAAAUAACACACAUACAAACACACGCACUCAAUCAAUAUAAAGGUUUUUUGUCGGGUUACUAGCAAAUGACAAAAACAUUGACAGUUUCAUAGUAAGUUUCAGCUCAUUAUUCACCUGUCUGACUGCAAGAGACAAAAGAGACGGAUGUCCCCAGCAGUUUGGAGACCAAAACAGAAGGAAAAAUGUACUUACAUUAAUAUUUGAAUGAUUUGGACACAAAGAUAAUCCAAACCAAUGGUGAUGUUGCUUAGUAACCAAUGGAUGUGUAAAUAGGCAAGAUAUUCAAGUUCUACAACCUAAAAGAGGACGAUAUGUCUAAUAUGUGUCCGCUGCCCCCAAGUGGUCGUAAUGGUUAUCAGGCCAUUGCAGGUUGAAAGCAGCAUUGUUUUUUGUUGUGGUUGUUUUUGGCCACAUGGGGGCAGCAGAACAAACUGUGAGCACAACUCUGUCAUUUUACCUGUUUACACAUCCAGCAGUUAUAGAGCAACAUUAUCAUUCAUAUGGAGUCAUGCUUAAGUCACCUGAUUUUUUUAUUUCAUCUUGAGCUAAAAGAAGAGAAAAAGCGCCACUAAGUGGUCAACUCUCACAUGAAAAACAUUUGUUUAACCAUUGUUAAUGCAGGUAAUCAUUAAAUAUACGUUAAAAAAACAACAAACUAUUAAGCUUCCUGAACUAGAAAAUGCUUUUGUCUGUUUCCUGUCACUCUACAUUACGUAAUCUCUAGGUUUUGAACUGUUGGUCACACAAUGAGGCAAUCUGAAGACAUUUCUGGAUGGAUGCUAAUAUGUUGCUAAUGGAUGCUAAUAAGCAACAGCUCGCUUAGCUAUUGAUGUGACGCAACCAUCGAGAAGGAAUGAGAUAACCAUCCAACAAUCAGAAAAAGUUAAUUUUAUACCACAGCUAAUAUUACAGGACAAGGAGGAUCCACUUGACAAAAUCGGUUAUUUCAAUCUGAAUGACUGUUCUGUAGUCAUGCAAAUUAUGUAAAUAAAUGAAAGAUUAAAACACUUGUAUACAAAAA